CUCUUUGUUCCAGGUCCCAGCCGCUGGCGAACCGGGCUGCGGAAGUUCGAGGGCGCAGGCUGAGUAGCAGCGGCAGCGGCGCCGGACUUCCCGCAGCGGAGAUCGCGGACGCGGGACUGAGCCCCUCCGACGCCCAGUAUGGACCUGGAAACCAAAAUGAAGAAGAUGGGCUUAGGUCAUGAGCAAGGAUUUGGAGCCCCCUGUCUAAAAUGCAAAGAGAACUGUGAAGGAUUUGAACUACACUUCUGGAGGAAAAUCUGUCGUAACUGCAAAUGUGGUCAAGAAGAGCAUGACGUCCUCCUGAGCAAUGAGGAGGACCGGAAAGUGGGGAGACUCUUUGAGGACACUAAGUACACCACCCUGAUCGCCAAGCUGAAGUCAGAUGGCAUUCCCAUGUACAAACGCAACGUUAUGAUCUUGACCAAUCCAGUGGCUGCCAAGAAGAACGUCUCCAUCAACACAGUUACCUAUGAGUGGGCUCCCCCGGUUCAAAACCAGGCUCUGGCCAGGCAGUACAUGCAGAUGCUGCCUAAGGAGAAGCAGCCAGUGGCAGGUUCAGAGGGGGCACAGUACCGGAAGAAGCAGCUGGCGAAACAGCUCCCUGCGCAUGACCAGGACCCUUCGAAGUGCCAUGAGUUGUCCCCCAAAGAGGUGAAGGAGAUGGAGCAGUUUGUGAAGAAAUACAAGAGUGAGGCCCUGGGAGUGGGUGACGUGAAGUUUCCCUCUGAGAUGAAUGCUCAGGGUGACAAGGUGCACAAUCCUGCCGGGGACAGACACGCCCCAGCAGCAGUGGGUUCCAAGGACAAGUCCGCAGAAUCCAAGAAGACCCAAUAUUCCUGUUACUGCUGCAAACACACCAUGAACGAAGGCGAGCCAGCCAUCUAUGCUGAAAGGGCUGGCUACGAUAAGCUCUGGCACCCGGCGUGUUUUAUCUGCAGCACCUGUGGUGAACUCCUGGUCGACAUGAUUUACUUCUGGAAGAAUGGGAAGCUGUACUGUGGCAGACAUUACUGUGACAGUGAGAAGCCCCGCUGUGCUGGCUGUGAUGAGCUGAUAUUCAGCAAUGAAUACACCCAGGCAGAAAACCAGAACUGGCAUCUGAAACACUUCUGCUGCUUUGACUGUGACCACAUCCUAGCAGGGAAAAUCUACGUGAUGGUCACUGACAAGCCUGUGUGCAAGCCCUGCUAUGUGAAGAACCAUGCUGUGGUGUGUCAAGGAUGCCACAAUGCCAUCGACCCGGAAGUGCAGCGAGUAACGUACAACAACUUCAGCUGGCACGCGUCCACAGAGUGCUUCCUGUGCUCUUGCUGCAGCAAGUGUCUUAUCAGGCAGAAGUUCAUUCCCGUAGAAGGGAUGGUUUUCUGUUCCGUGGAGUGUAAGAGGAUGAUGUCCUAAGAGGAGUGUACCAAGCCGUAUGGAGCCAUAGCUGUCCACAGUGGCCUGCAUUUCAUGAUAAACUGCAGUUUGAAAAAAAUAAAAGGAAAAAACCCUACAUAACAAACCAGAAUAUUUUGUCCAAUAUUUUUUUCUUUUUAACCUUAUGAAUUUUGUCUGUCUUCAUUUUAAAUGACUUUUCAUGUUUUUAAAAAAAAAACAGUAAAGAAUUGUUGCUUUUAUUUCUAUACAUUAAUUAAAUCUUUGAAUUGGAAGCUUGAAUUUAAUCAAUCCUUAUAACUGCAUACUCCUAGUGCCAAAUUUAUAUAAAGUGAUAGAUAUGAAAUCACUUAAAAUUAGUCUCCUGGGAGAGAUGACCAUUUUAACUUCUAUGCUUAUUUCACAUGGGAAAUGUAAAGGAAAUUGCAUGUUGCCUGACAUGACGCUGUGCACAUAGCCUGCCUCGUUGAUGGGUUUGAUGAUGAGGUGGCAUCAGCUCGGUGAAUUCCUUCUGGCAGACAGCGUGGUGCACGAUGGGCCUAAGCCUUUGCAUCCCCUGGCAAGGCAGAGGGGCGCCUCUCACUGCAUCUCUCUCUCUCUGUUUACCUUACCUCCCCAUGCUCGCUUUUGCAUCAGUGACCUCCAUCUGUGGCCUUGAAUAUUUUAUAUGUAUGUGGCUGGAACAAUAUGUACACUUUGCUCUGAGAGGUUAUUGUUUUUUGCCCAGAACAUAAAAGUAGGCCAUUCAUUUAGUUAAUUUUUCUGAAACCCAAAGAAUAUGUAUAGGUUUUGGUACCCAGGGAAGUAUAACUUGUGCUGACAUCACCUUUCUGCCAUGCCUUGACUCAAUUUUGCAUGAUUUACGGUGUUACCAGAUGGAUCCUCUCUUGUGCUACCUCUGAGCUUGCUGUAAACACAAAGGCUGUUUUCUUUGCCUGUGCACUCCCAUCCUUGGGUGUUUUUAAUGUUUUCCCUUGUAUGCUUUCAUACAUAACUAUGCACUAUAAAUAUUAAAUGGAAUGACUUAUGUUAUUGAAAAUAAAGUCUCUUUCACUUUAA